AUGGAGAUCUACCUCGUCACGGGCAACAAAAACAAAAGAAUGGAGUUCCAGCGGCACAUGAAUGGAGAGUUGGAGGUUCACUUCGCCGACAUUGACUUGAUCGAGAUGCAGUCUAACGAUAUCGUAAAGAUAAACGAGUACAAGGCCAAGAGUGCUCAUGAAAUCCUGAGCAGUGAUGUCUCAGGGGAGAGUCAAGCAAGAAGGAUGCUUGUCAUUACCGACGACACAGGACUCUAUAUGGAUUGCUUGGGUUCUUUUCCGGGCCCAUACAUCAAGUGGAUGCAAAAAAGUUUGGGCUCGCAAGGAAUCGUAAACGUGGCCACGAAACUGCAGAAUGACAAGUGCCACGCGAUCUGCGUGUACUCCGUGUACGACGGGAAGGAGGUGCACUCCUUCGAGGGCGUCACUCAGGGACGAAUUGCCGGUCCCCGAGGGUCGACUGACUUCGGCUGCAAAACGUUCAGCGAAAUGACCUUCGACGAGAAGAAGGGAUCCUCCCCGCGUUUCAAGGCCUUCCUGCAGCUGAAGGCCUUCCUGCUGGAGGAAUUGAACAAGCAGAGCGCGUAG